AUGUAAGAACUUUUUCUAUUGAUUUGUUCGCGUCAUAUUAACGCCAGGGAGGGCCUUUUCUCUCUCCUGUGAACGUCAAACAGUGUCUCUUUUCCAGUUCCAGACCUGAAGAAACUCCGACCGGCCGGUGGGCGGUGGCGGCAGCCGGCAGGAUCUGUGCCGCGAUGGCGACGUCGAACACGGCGCGGAUGGAGGACGGCGGCGGCGACCUGCGGAGCACCAUCAAGAAGUGGAAUAUCAUCUACCCUGUCUACCUCAACUCCAAGAAGACGGUCGCCGAGGGCCGCCGCAUCGCCGCUGCCAAGGCCUGCCCGGACCCCACCUGCAUCGAGAUCGCUGACUGCUGUUCGCACCUCAAGAUCCCCCACGCCAUCGAGUUGGAUAAGGCGUACCCUCGGGAUUUCUUCCAGGUGGGGAGGGUCAGGGUGCAGCUUAAGAAAGAUGACGGCUCCCCCGUCAAUCCUGCUAUUAAAACGAAGAAGCAGCUGAUGAUCCAAGUAGCAGAGCUAGUUCCCAAGCAUCACGGAAGGACAAAGAAGCAGGAGCCAGCGCCCAAUCCCGGUGGCAGUUCAAAGAACACAAAAGGCGGGAAAAAGAAAAAGUGAUGCAGUAUCAUUGUGUUGUUUUUUAUUCUGUUCGUCAUCAUACACUAAGCUUCUGUGAAAAAGAAAAAGUCUUGGACGUUGUUGUUAUGUUGCCAUUAUGCCAUUUUUCAUGUAUAAGAACUUACUAAGAAUCUUCCAUUGACUCGGUAAAAUGCAACAUAAAAAAAUGGCUUCGCUAGAUUAAAGGGCCCUUUGACAAA